UGUAAUAAGCCUGUGCAAUCUGCUCUCAUUGUUAUAGAGAGAGAGAUAGAGGAGAGAGAGAGAUUGAUAUGGGGAGGCUGUGUAUAUUUGUGAUGCUGUGCUCAGUAGUCAUGGCCACUCCGGUGGCUCAUGGCAUUGAAAAAGGGCCCAAAGCAGUUGAAGAGUGGUUCCAAAAACUGGGUCACGCCAAGGAAAAGGUAACCAAACUUCACUUCUAUUUCCAUGAUGUAGUGAGUGGGAAGAACCCAACUGCUUACACUGUGGCCAAGUCCAACAUAACUGACAUAUCCCCCACCGGUUUCGGGCUAGUUAGGAUGAUGGAUAACGCAUUGACGGCUGGGCCCAAACCCACUUCUAAGAUAGUGGGUAGAGCCCAGGGAAUUUAUGGUUCAGCCGAUUUGGAGGGAAUGGGUUUGCUUAUGACCAUGAACUUUGUGUUCACGGAUGGAACGUACAAUGGUAGCACUCUCAGUCUUCUGGGACGAAAUCCGAUACUUGAUCGGUACCGGGAGAUGCCUAUCGUUGGUGGAUCUGGUGUUUUCCGGCUGGCACGUGGAAUCGCAACGGCAAAGACAUUUACUUUCAAUGUUACUUCUGAAAACGCCAUUGUUGAGUAUCAUGUCAUAGUCGCUCAUUAUUAAUCUACUCAAGUCAUGGUGGGAUAAUGAGGCAUGCCGUUCUUUGUUGGUUUUGUUGGCAUUGUCUGCUUUGUGGUAAUGAGGCAUGACGUUGUUUGUUGGAAUUUUAUCUCUGAAUUUUCAAUUUUUAUUUAGAAUUAAGAAGGUUGAAAAUAAAAUGAUUGUUUGUACCCUUAAAUGGUUGAAUGUAAUUCCUAAUUUAAAACUUCUUAAA